CGUGACAGGCAUGCGCAGUGACGUUCCUCUAUCAAUUGAACGGAAAUCCUAUAAACAUUUGUUGAUAAACAAAUACCUGUGUGUUUAUAAGGAGAAAGACAGAAUUUAAUAUUAUACUGUGUAUAGCUACACGAUGAGUUCCGAAAAGCAAGGCUACGGUCAGCAUGAUCAAAACGCUCCGCCGCCUUACGGCCAGCCUGCACAACCGCCCUAUGGUCAACCAGCCCAACCGCCGUACGGUCAACCAGCCCAACCGCCGUACGGUCAACCAGCACAACCGCCGUACGGUCAACCAGCACAACCGCCGUACGGUCAACCCGGACAGCCGUAUGGUCAACCAGGAUAUGGGCAACCUGGUCAGCCUUACACCAGUACUCAGCAAGUUGUAAUUACCCAACCAGGUCAACCCGGUAUCAUCAUGACUCAAUCACGUCCACCAGACUACAUGAUACCAUCCAUUCUGGCGUGCCUUUGCUGUUUCUGUCCCACUGGACUAUGUGCUAUUUACUUUGCACAUCG